UCCAAUGCUACCAGGACUACAACCCACACACCAACAGUCAACAUAAAAAGUGCAAACGUCAAGAGUUUGACAGCUUCUGCACAGCAAGUUCGACCAAAGCCUGUAUCAUCAGCAACUCCAUCAUCGUUGAUGAAAUCUGUAGCAACAUCAACAGCUUCGUCUGCAACAGUGAAGCCAUCACCAGCCAUGACACCAACUUCAACAAAAGCUGCAACAAACAGUUUGUGGAUCAAGAAGGCAAGCUCCAUGCUGGCUCCUUCCAUGCACAACAAACCUGGAGUGACCCCUGUUAAAAAAGUUGAUACCAUGAACAAAUCUCUGAUGUGUAAACCAAUCAUGUUGACGAAAGCAACUGCAUGCAAUCCUAUGAGAAUCCACAAGUCCACUCAGACUGAUGAAGAAGUGAUAGAACACAAGAAGACGACCAUUGUCCCCAUACCUGUGCCCGUCCUGAUUCCAGCACCCAUCACUCCCUGCGUCAUACCAUCUCCAUACCCGAUACCCACUCCCGUGCCAGUACCUGUGCCCUGUAUGAUACCUGCCACCAGGGAGAAUGUGCAACUCUUAAUGAGGGGCUUGCAGGAUCUCUACAACAAGUCAAUAACAAAUCCUUUGGAAGCCGAACUCUUGGACAUGGCUGAAGUCAUCAGUAGCACCAAAUCUGAGGAGGAUAUUCAGAAUGAAGCGUAUAAUGCGACCAUUGUAAGAGGAGUGAACGAUCAGAACUACAUCUACCCAGGCACAGCUCCAUCCACUUACAAGUACCGCAAUGGGGGGGAGGAUGUUCUUGAGAUGGCCAUGAGGGUUGUGGCUGACAUGCCCGAAGAUCAGACCGGAGCCACAAACAUUAGCAAGGCCAGGGUACCGGGAUAUUUGGAAUCUUCUCGAUCAGAAAUGGCCAUGAUGUCAAGCUUUUCCAAUAGAGGAGGUCCAACGAAACGAGCCAACAUUUACAACAGCAGCCAACAGUUACCACUGCCAUUUAAUGAAUCAAAAGUGAAAUUGAAAUAUUCAUAUGCAUUGAAGGCCUGGAGAUCGUGGGCUGAGCAGAAGAAUCAUGACAAUUCGAAGACAGCAGGUGCAAGCAGAGGUCGUGUGAGGUUUUUCUUCGAUCCAGAUCCUCUCAAGUUGAGCUACGAGGAAUUAAAUGCUGCUCUGUCGAUGUUCGUGCGGGAUGUCAGAAAACCCACUGGUGAAAAAUAUGCUCCUGACAGUAUCUACUACAUGUGCUUAGGUCUGCAGUAUUACCUUCGAGAGAAUGGUCGUCAGGACAACAUCUUCUUCGACGUUCCAUACCAGAAGUUUACUGAUGUGCUUAAUGAGCUUAUGUCUGCUUUUGAAUUGAGACUAAAUACUGAAAAUAUGUUGAUAUGUAGGGUGAUAGAGGAUCAUCUGUGGGAGUCGAAACAGCUCGGCUGCCACACGCCUCAGACCCUCUUGAACACUCUCAUCUACUUCAACACUAAACAUUUCCUCCUCGACUCGGUGGAUGCGCAUAUGAAUCUCUCGUUCGCUGCAAUUGAGAGGGGAUCAGAUAAAACCACUGAUGGACAGAUUGUGAAGAAGAUUACUCUCAAACAAGCUGUCUCAUUCAGAGAGUUGAAGACGCUACCUGAACAGGAGUACACCCAACAUGAACUUCCUGAUGACCCAGCGAGGUGUCCCGUCAAACUUUUUGAUUUCUAUCUGUCUAGAUGCCCAGAAGUGAUUCGCCAACACAGCCGAUUGUUCUACUUGACUCCAGAGUUGUCCUCACGACCCGAGAACCCAAUCUGGUUCUCCACCAUGGCACUGAGUCGUGGGGCCCUCAACAAAAUGAUCAACAGGGUCAAGGUGGUCAGAGAGAUUCAGGUGGCCAGGUUGGAGCAUAUGCAGUUUGAAGCCUAACCAACAAGAUGCUCCCUACUUCUAUCACUCUUUGUUUAUGUUCAUUUUGUUUUACAAUUGGAUCAAUGAAUGCAUUUUGUAUAAUGUCCAAUGUUUUUGCACAGGUUUCCUCUGUAUAACAAUGUCAACUUUUAUUUUCUUUUAUAAUUGAAGAUUUUUGUUAAAAAUAUUUCCAUUCAUUUUAUUUUUUGUUUUAUGCGUUAACCUAAUAAAACAUUAUAUAUAUAUAUAUAUAUAUAUAUAUAUAUAUAUAUAUAUAUAUAUAUAUAUAUAUAUAUAUAUAUAUGGCCGUAGAUAAUAUAAUAUACAAAAUACAUAUUAUAUGUAUAUGUAUACAUUUGUCUGUAUAUAUACGAUGGACUAUAUUAAUAAAAGUCAAGUUGUUGUUA